AGUCAUGGCGGCAGCGCUGCGGAUGACCCACCCGCUGUGAAGAUGUCCUCCAUGGACCCUCUCCCCCCGGCGACCCCUCCGACCCAGAAACCCACGCGCAUCAUUAAGCCCCGCCCACCCACCAGGCCACGACCGUACUUGCCCCCCAGGCCGGACUCUGCCAGGCUGAGCCGUGGACCAACUCCACCUCUGCCCCCAGAGGGCUCCUCAACUGAGGCUGCCAACGAUGGAUGCCCCAGGGCGGCUGAUCCCCCUUGCAGCCAACAGCGGCAGCUCCACAAGCUGCAGAACUCCGGCGCCGUCCGUAAAAUCGUGGUGCGUUUCAGCCACGCGGAGAAAGAAGAGGCUGGGAAGCCGGCUCAGCCUGCUGUGGACUGCAGCCAGGUGCCUGUCGCCGAGAAUGGGGAAGAGAAGAUAGCAGAAGGGAAGGAGGGGCAGUCGGAUCUCAGUGAGGAUCCCCAGCAGCCCGUGUCGCAUGUGGUGGAGCAGAACGGCGUCGAGUCGCCAGCUACCUGCCCCUCAGGCUGUCCCUGCAUCUGCCAUCAACAGCGGCCAGGCAUGGUCUUGGCCUGGGUUCCGGCACAUUCCCAGCAGGCCGACUGUGAGGACGGGCCCGCCUCAGACCUCUCAUCCUCUGCGGAUGAGGGAGGGCCUGUCUUCCAGCACCUCCUGGUGCUCAAUGCCCCAGCUGCCCCCAGCCCCUCAGCCUGCAGUGGGCGGCCCCCUAAAUCCCGCCGUUCUCCCCGCAGCAAGAAGCCCCCUGACCCACCUCCCUCGGCCAACGGGCACCCCGAAGGCGGCGUGGUCUUGACCGGGUACCGAUCCACCGCCGAGCCUCUUCCGCUGCGCUGCCCGCCCUUGAUGCCCAAGCCCCCCCGGCGCAGCAAAGCGGGUUCCCUUGCCUCUUUGGACGGCGAGGACUUGCCCCCCGCCAUCCCACCCAAGGCCCCCAUGAAACCGCCUCGCAACUCCUUAGUUCCUUUAGCCUACUCCCGCCGGAGUUCCCUGCAGUACCCACUGGAGAUGAACCAAGCUCAAGGCGACACCUGCCUCAUCUCUGGGGUGGAAGGGCUCCUCAUGCCUCCCCCCUCAAUGCCCCCGCCGCCGCCCGCCCGUCUCCCAGGCGCAGGCGCCCCUUCCCCUCCCACAGAACCAGCCCCCCCUGCCCCCUUCCUGCCAGUUGCCCACAACCAUGACUCCCCUCCGCCCUCCCAGCCACCGCCACCUUUGCCUCAAGGCCUGCCUCCUCCACCAACCCAGCCACCGCCGCCCUUGGGUGAAGGAACGUGUCAAGAUGGCUGUGAAAAUGAAUGCCCAACUCCUGGAGACUCUGACACGGAGACCCCAAAUGACGGACACUGCUCGGUGCUAUCCCCAAAGGGCCCUGACUGGGGACUUUACCUACAGGAUGAGCCCCUGUACCAGACAUAUCGCCAGGCUGUCAUCUCCAAGGAGAUCAAGCGGCAAACGGUCCCCCGCAACAGCAGCUUCAGCAGCUCUGACUAUGGGGGCCCUUCCCCUGGCGAAGGGUCCGCGGGGCCUCGUGGUCCCAUCCCGCACAGCACGCUUUGGCAGGAGCUGCCCGCUGUGCGAGAGAGCGGCCUUCUGGGAAAUAUCAGCCCCGAAGAGAGGAAGAUGCAGGAGAGCCUUUUUGAGGUGGUGACGUCCGAGGCUUCCUACCUGCGCUCCCUGUUACUGCUGAUCGAGCACUUUAUGGAAUCGCGGGACCUGACAGCCACCAUCCUUCUGCGCGAGAACCGUACCCUCUUUUCCAACAUCCGCAAAGUCAAGGAGGUCAGCGAAAGAUUUCUGCAUGAUCUUGAAGGACGCCUGGCCGAGAGCCUGCAGAUCUCGGACGUCUGUGACAUAGUGGAGUCACACGCACAGCAGAACUUCUCGGUCUACAUUGACUACGUGCGCAACCAGCUGUACCAAGAGAAGACCUACAGCAGCCUCAUGGAGAAGAACCCCCAGUUUGCCAUUGUCGUCACCCGGCUCCAGGAGCUCCCCCAAUGCCAGCGGCUCCCCUUCAUGUCCUUCCUGCUGCUUCCUUUCCAGAGGAUCACCCGGAUCAAGAUGCUCAUAGAGAAUAUCCUGCGUCGGACAGAAGAAGGCUCAUUGCGAGAGCAGAACGCCAUGAAAGCUUUGUCCUCCGUUUCCAAGAUAAUAGAAGAAUGUAACUCUGAGGUGGGCCGCAUGCGUCAAAUGGAGGAGCUCAUCCACAUCGCCAGCAAGAUUGAGUUUGACAAGCUUAAGGCAGUUCCCAUCAUCUCCCAGAGCCGGCAGCUGCUGAAACAGGGCGAGCUGCUGGAGGUGGUGCACCGGGGCACCCUCUUUGGCACCAAGCCCAAACUGGUCCCCAUUUACUUGUACCUCUUCAACGACCUGCUGCUCAUCACCCAGCGGAAGAGUUCAGAGCGCUUUGUGGUGCUGGAUUGUCACCGCUCUCUCGUCCAGGCCCAGGGCUGCUGGGAAUCCUCCACGAGCCACAACGCCGAGAACAGCUUCUACCUGACACUGCUGGAGAACCACCAAGGACGGAACAGUGACCGGCUCUGCCGUGCCCAACGCAGUGAGUCAGAUAUGCACCGCUGGAUGGGUGCUUUCCCUCGCCAUGUCCAGUCGGUUGGCAAACAGGAAACCAUCUAUGAGGACUGGGACUGCCCUCAGGUGCAGUGCAUUGAGACCUACUCUGCUGCCCAGGCUGACGAACUGAGCCUAGAGCCUACGGACAUUGUCAACGUGCUACGCAAAACAAUGAGAGGCUGGUAUGAGGGCGUCCGCCUGACCGACGGCAAGAAGGGCUGGUUCCCCUCGCGCUACGUCCAGGAGAUCACGAACGAGCACGUUCGGCGGCGCAACCUCCGCGAGCGCUACCGCGUCCUGCAGGCCGCCCGCCAACUCCAGCUGACGCGCACCAGCCACACAAAGAGCAAGUACAGUUCGGCCUGAGGCCUGCGGGCGCAGAGCCACGGAACAACCAACGGGAGCACGGAGGGACCAGGCGGUGCAUGUUUAUCCCAAUACUGGGCUCAGACUAAGAGCAACGCCUGCCCUGCUCAGGGCAGGAGAAGCACUACCACAAGGGGGGGGGGGCGC